AUGUUGAUGACAUAUAUUCAAGUACCUCUAACUUUUUCAAAUCUUUAAUUUGCUUUCCCAUUUUCCAUAUUAUCCUACCAUGAUUUUCCAAAAAGAAACCAUGGAAGUUGAAAUCUUGUCAACAAAGUUGAUAAAACCAUCUUCACCAACUCCAAAUCAACUUCAAAAUUACAAACUAUCUUUCUUUGAUCAAAUAGCUGAUGAGGCACAUUUACCUCUUGUUCUUUUCUAUCCUCCUAGCGACAACAAUACCAAUAAGAAUACUACAGCUGAAGAACAACUCGAGCAAUCUUUAUCUAGAAUAUUAACCCAUGUUUACCCAGUUGCUGGUAGAUUUACUGAGGAUAACUCCUCGAUUAACUGCCUCGAUCAAGGGGUUAAAUUUAUUAAAGCCAAGGUAAAUUGUAAGCUCAAUGACUUUCUUGAGAAAGCACACAAAGAUGUCAAUCUUGCCUUAUCUUGUUGGCCUCAAGAUACUUGGGAUGUUGAUGAAACUAAUUUGUUCAUCACACCAAUUACCAUUGUGCAAGUCACAAAAUUCAAUUGCGGUGGCAUGGCUCUAUCUAUGAGCCAUGCACAUACCGCGAUGGAUGGUUUCACAACUUUUACAUUGGUUCACGAGUGGUCAAAAGUGUGCAAAUUGGGGAUUCCUACAGAGAAAAUCAAGUUUUUGAGCUUUAAUUUGGCUAAGAUUUUCCCACCAAGAGAUGUAUCGAAAAUUCUCUUGCCUCGUGUCCCCCAGGAAAAUCGUAUGGAUGCUAAACUAGUUGCCAAGAAGUUAUACAUUAACCAAGAUUCUAUUUCAAGACUCAGAGAAGAAUUAACAAAAUCAACGGAUUCUGGAGCUUUAUGCUUUAAGCCCUCAAGAGUUGAAAUGAUUAUAGCGCUCUUAUGGAGGGCUUUAAUACGCGCUUCAGAGAAACAACACGGGCAUUUGAGACGUUCUAUAAUGGGCAUUCCAAUAAAUUUGCGUACUAAGCUGAUUUCUUUACCCCAAGUAGAAAAAUCUUUUGGAAAUCUUGUAAUUGAUGCUCCGGUAAAAUUUGUACCUGAGGAGAUCCCCAACAUGGAGUUGCACAACUUUGUAAAAUUGAUCAGGGAUACGGUGACUAAAACUAUUACUGCUUGUGACAAAAAUUCACCAGACGACGUAGUUUCUGCACUAGCAAAUAUAUAUAAUGAGAGUUUCCUCGCGCAAGAAUGGGGAGGAAAUGAAAAAGUUGACAUGUUUACAAGUUCAAGUUUGUGUAGGUUUCCUAUACAAGAAGCUGAUUUUGGUUGGGGAAAACCAUGUUUAAUGCAUUUUGGAUCAAGACAUAAUCAGUAUUGUUGGUUAUAUGAUGCAGAAUGUGGCAAUGGGAUUUGUGUGCAGGUGGAUUUGAAGGAAAAUAACAUGCACUUAUUUGAAUGUGACCAAGAUAUCAAGCAUUUCUUUAAGUUUUAGGUUCUUAUAAGAGUUUUAUCAUUUGGGUUCUUUUUCUUUUUGAAUUUUGGUAAGUUGCAUUUUCUAUAUUUGUUAGCCUCUAAACAUUAGAUUAAAUACUCUUCUCUAGCUAUUUCAAGUAGACUUGAAUUCCAUAUAUAUAAUAUAUAAAUAAUGAGCAUGUUGUGCAAAUUUUCUAUCCUC